GGGAGGCGCCGGCCAGACCUGCUCGCCGAGGGAGAGCCAGGGCGAGGCGGGGCUGGAGGGCGCGAAGCCAGGCGCCGAGGCGCAGCGCAGCGGGCCCCGGGGAGGACCGGCCGCCCACCAGAGACCGCAGCCGCCCGCCUUCCGCCCGGGGGAUGUCGGAACGACCCGGGCAUCGGGGACGCUGACGGAGCCAGACCGAGGAUGGGACGGCGCCCGCAGCUCCGGCUGGUGAAGGCCCUCCUCCUCCUGGGGCUGAACCCUGUCUCCACCUCCCUCCAGGAUCAGCGCUGUGAGAGCCUGUCCCUGACCAGCAAUGUCUCUGGCCUGCAGUGCAAUGCCUCCGUGGACCUCAUUGGCACCUGCUGGCCCAGGAGCCCUGCAGGGCAGUUGGUGGUUCGGCCCUGCCCUGCCUUUUUCUACGGUGUCCGCUACAACACGACAAACAAUGGCUACCGGGAGUGCCUGGCCAACGGCAGCUGGGCAGCCCGAGUGAAUUACUCCGAGUGCCAGGAGAUUCUCAAUGAUGAGAAGAAGAGCAAAGUGCACUACCAUGUUGCUGUCAUCAUCAAUUACCUGGGCCACUGCAUCUCCCUGGUGGCCCUCCUGGUGGCCUUUGUCCUCUUUUUGCGGCUCAGGAGCAUCCGGUGCCUGAGGAACAUCAUUCACUGGAACCUCAUCUCGGCCUUCAUCCUGCGCAAUGCCACGUGGUUCGUGGUCCAGCUCACCAUGAGCCCCGAAGUCCACCAGAGCAAUGUGGGCUGGUGCAGGCUGGUGACAGCUGCCUACAACUACUUCCAUGUCACCAACUUCUUCUGGAUGUUCGGCGAGGGCUGCUACCUGCACACGGCCAUCGUGCUCACGUACUCCACCGACCGUCUACGCAAGUGGAUGUUCAUUGGCAUCGGCUGGGGUGUACCUUUCCCCAUCAUCGUGGCAUGGGCCAUCGGGAAGCUGUACUACGACAAUGAAAAGUGCUGGUUUGGCAAACGUCCUGGUGUCUACACCGAUUACAUCUACCAGGGCCCUAUGAUCCUGGUCCUCCUGAUCAACUUUAUCUUUCUCUUCAACAUUGUCCGCAUCCUCAUGACCAAACUCCGGGCAUCCACCACUUCUGAGACUAUUCAGUACAGGAAGGCCGUGAAGGCCACUCUGGUGUUGCUGCCCCUCCUGGGCAUCACCUACAUGUUGUUCUUUGUCAACCCUGGAGAAGACGAGGUUUCCAGGAUUGUCUUCAUCUACUUCAACUCUUUCCUGGAGUCCUUCCAGGGCUUCUUCGUGUCUGUGUUCUACUGUUUUCUGAACAGUGAGGUUCGCUCUGCCAUCCGGAAGCGGUGGCAUCGGUGGCAGGACAAGCACUCCAUCAGAGCCCGAGUGGCCCGCGCCAUGUCCAUCCCCACCUCUCCCAGCAGAGUCAGCUUUCACAGCAUCAAGCAGUCCACGGCACUGUGAGCUGAAGGCCAUGGAGCAGCCCCCCAAGACCGGCAGCUCCAGAAAUGAUGCAAGCUCGCUGGUGGGGAUCCCGUCUGCAGAGGCAGCCGGCCUUUCCCGUUCCUACCCCUGGGCUGCAGACCUAAGAGCCUACCCAGCCCUAGACUACAGCUCAUAGCACUGAGCUCCGCCCACAGCAUCUGGCUCCCUGCUGCCCAUUCUCCCUGGAGAGUUGAAGCGGAGAUUGGGGGCUAGAAACCUUGUGACAGAUUAACGGGCCCCUGUGAGAGCUGUCUUCUCCCAGAGCAGCUCACUGAAGGCCUGUAGUCUUCAGUAACUGUAGGGAGGCCACUUGCUACCCCAGGGCAUCAUGGGAAACGCUCUUCUGUGGUUGGGCAGACUCUUGAGUCUUAGCGAUUCCUUGGGAGUCUACUGAGAACCAAUGCUACAUGGUCCAGUCAGGAGACCUGGAGAGAGCAUCUGGUGACAUCAUCAGACAGCGCUCCACCUCCCUCGAAGCCACUCCUGAGCCAGCACAAUGUCAUCAGCACAGUGGCACUGCCUCUGGGAAGCCCUGCCUUGCUGCCUUGCACCCUUAGACUUUUACCGUUCUGCAGGCCAAUCCAGCUUUCUGUCAUGUAUCCACCGACAGCGACAGUCCCCUCGCUCUGAAACCCUACCAACCUUCUUGCCUCUGGAUGUCUUAUCUGUGGGAAGAUGGGGGCUGGGUAAAAGAGCGAGUUGCCUAUGAGGGGGAACCGGAGUGGGCCCAGCCUUUGAGGAAGGAGUGGCCCAUGGGUGCCCAGGCCACUGGCUGGCCUCUGGAACACACUCAUAAGCUGAGUGAAGUGGGAAGGGGCCCCUCUGCUCAAAUACCCUGGGGCCAGUGGCUUCUAGGACAACUAAUGGAGAGACCCUUUACCUCCCAGGCUUGGAGUGGCCCAGCCCUGGCUGGGUGGGAGAGCUGAGCAUCCAUGGCAGGACUGAGGUGGGGCUGGGGCGAUAUAAAUAAUAUUUAUC